ACCUUGUUUCUCAUCUCUCCUGAAAUUUCCCCGCGAGCUACUACCGUUCUUUCACUUGCGCCUCCUCCCCCUUCCUCCCCUCCCUUCUACUUCUUAUUCCUCGCCGAGUAUCCGUCCGCCUCGCUUGUUCCCCCCUGUGCCUAGACUGGCAGUCCGAUUGGUGAAAUACCGAGAUCUCCCCGGCCUGGGUAUCAUGGCCGCGCCGCCCAUCGAUGGCGCCAAUGGGGUGAACACCUCCGCCAGGGUCCAGAAGCCCAGGUUCUUCGAGGACUACGGUAUCUGGAAGCAGGCUCCUAUCUUGGUCGGGUCGACGAAGUUCGAUCCCUUGCCGGAUGUGAAGAACAUCAUGAUUACUGGUGGUGCUGGCUUCAUCGCAUGUUGGCUUGUUCGACACCUCACUCUGACCUACCCCCAAGCAUACAACAUCGUGUCCUUUGACAAGCUGGAUUACUGUUCCUCGUUGAACAACACGCGCGUUCUUAACGACAAGCGGAAUUUCACCUUCUAUCACGGGGAUAUCACCAACCCUUCCGAGGUGCUCGACUGCAUGGAACGCUUUAAUAUCGACACUAUCUUCCACUUCGCCGCUCAGUCACAUGUCGAUCUGAGUUUCGGUAACUCCUAUGGCUUUACCCAUACAAAUGUGUACGGGACGCAUGUCAUGUUAGAGAGUGCGAAGAAGGUCGGGGUCAAGCGAUUCAUCCACAUUUCUACCGACGAGGUGUACGGUGAGGUAAAGGACGACGACGACGACCUGCUGGAAUCCAGUAUCCUCUCUCCCACCAACCCCUACGCUGCGAGCAAGGCUGCCGCCGAGAUGCUUGUAAAUUCGUAUAAGAAGAGUUUCAAGCUUCCGGUUAUUGUUGUCAGAAGCAACAAUGUUUACGGGCCGCACCAAUUCCCCGAGAAGAUCAUCCCCAAAUUCAUAUGCUUAUUGAACCGACGAAGACCGACGGUGCUUCACGGGGACGGAAGCCCCACCCGGAGGUACCUCUAUGCCGCCGAUGCCGCCGAUGCCUUUGACACCAUUCUGCACAAAGGUGCGCUUGGCCAGAUCUAUAAUGUGGGAUCGCACGACGAGAUUUCCAACAUCGAGCUCUGUCGGAUGUUGCUGAAGGAGAUGAACAUCCCUAACGAGAGUCAAGAGGACUUCAACAAGUGGGUGAAAUAUACCCAUGAUAGACCCUUCAACGAUCAUAGAUAUGCGGUUGAUGCCACCAAACUUAGACAUCUCGGCUGGGAACCAAGAGUUUCGUUCGACGAGGGCCUCAAGAUCACGGUGGACUGGUAUAGACGUUUCGGCGAGGAAUGGUGGGGAAAUAUAAGUAAGGUCCUCAGCCCCUUUCCCAUCGUCGUCGAGGCCGAGAUCAUGUCCGAUAAAGAGGAAAUUUGUGACGAGCCUCAGGUACCAAAGAAGCGAAAAACGGCUGGCACAUAGGUGUCAAGACGGCCCCUGCCGCUACACGUGUCGAUGCCCCCUUAUGUAUA